AUGUCGAAUUACACAAACUUCAAAGAGUUUAUCCUUCUAGGACUGACAGAUAAUCCUGCAUUAGAACUUUUUCUUUUUGUGCUUUUCUUAAUAUUUUAUACUAUCACAAUCUUUGCUAAUAUUGGCAUCAUUGUAAUUAUCAGAGCCGAUGCUCGUCUCCACACACCCAUGUAUUUUUUUCUUAAUAACUUGUCCUUCCUGGACCUUUGUUACGCCACCAUUAUAACACCAAAGACUUUAGUUAACUUCCUGUCCAAUAAAAAAGUGAUUGCUUACGUAGAAUGUAUAUUACAGAUGUACUUGUUUGGUGCAUCAGUUACCAUUGAAUGUUUUCUACUAGGAAUAAUGGCGUAUGAUCGAUAUGUUGCCAUUUGCAACCCUUUGGUAUAUUUAACGAUUAUGAACAAAAGGUUUUGCUUGCAACUUGUAGGAUACGCCUACAUUGGUGGAUAUCUCAAUGCUGCAAUUCAUACAACUUGUACAUUUCAAUUACCAUUCUGUAAAAGCAAUAAAAUAGAUCAUUUUUACUGCGACGUGCCUCCCCUUUUAAAAUUGUCUUGCGUUGAUACAACCAUGAAUGAACUUGUUAUGUUUAUUUUUGGUGGUUUUGCUGAAAUAAGCUCCCUCACAGCUGUCACUGUGUCAUAUGCCUAUAUUAUUUCUACCAUAAUGAGGAUUCACUCUAAUGAAGGACGGAAGAAGGCGUUUUCUACAUGUGCGUCUCACCUUACUGCAGUCAUCAUCUUCUACGGCACAAUAGUUUUUAUGUACCUGCGGCCUUCAUCUACUUAUUCCUUAAGCCAGGACAGAAUCGCUUCAGUGUUCUAUACUGUGGUUAUUCCUAUGCUGAAUCCACUGAUCUACAGUUUAAGAAAUAAGGAAGUAGCCCGAGCAUCUGAGGCAUCAGUCUGUUCGGAAAAGUCAGGGGUUAUCAGAACUAACUGUUGUAUGAAUGCUUGUUCAGCUUCUGGUGACUAUUUAGCAAUUCCAGGGGAUUUUGCUUCCGUUAGAUCAGUUAAAGGACUAGCAAUUGUUGCAAAUUUAGAAAUAAAUCUCCUCUAA